UAUUUAAUUCAAAAAUUUACAUAUAUAUUUAUAAUAUAAUAUAUACAUGCGUAACGCAUGGUGCGUUAACAAAAUUGGAACUAAAUUAUAUGUAUAACAUUUAUAUCUAAACAUGGCUAAAUAUACUGAUGAAAACGAUGAAGAUAAAAUAGAUCCCGCGGCUAUAGUAUCUGAAAUAGAAUCUAAUAUCAAACAAGAAAUUAUUAAAGAACUGUUGCAUGGAUCAUUUCAAGAUACUAAAACGAAGUUGGGUAAUGAUGCUUUGACCCUGGUAGUUGAAAUAGCGAAGUGUCUAGUGACCGAGACCUGUUUGAGAGCUUCAACUGAGGCUUUGAGCGAAAACAGUGACAAAAUAGAUUUAAAACAUGUCGAACAAUGUCUGCCACAACUGAUGUUGGACUUUCCAUAGUUAUCAAUUGGGCUGGCAAAUUGCGAGAAUUUCCAUUCAUUAACAUUCAAAAAAAUAAUUUAAAAUGUAGUAAAGCUGCUUUAAAAAAAAAAAAAGAGUACUUUAGUUUUGUUAUGCUAGUUAAGAUUAAUUUAUUUUUAAAUAUUUACAUAUUACUGUAAAAUUUGGCAUAGAAACACAACAGUAUCUGGGUCGAAAUUAUAAUGCACUUUAAUUCUUACAGCUAUUAAUUAUGUUAAUGCCUAUAUAUAUAAGUUGAAUAUGUUAAAGAUAUUUUUUGUAAGUAUAGUUAAUUUUAAUUUAAUUAAAUUACUACCAUUUAAAAUAUCAUUAGUUUUGUAGUAACAAAAUUGAUCAUAUAACUUAUCUUUUUACUAAAACUGAUAAUUUAACUGUAUUUUAUUUGAUAACAUGCUUGGUAAGUGCCAAAAGUACUGUUUGUAAAUAUAUUGAAUUCAAAAAAAGUUGUUUUAUGACUUUUAAAUGUAGUCCCUUUAUUAUUAUUUCCCUAUAUUCCCGUUAUUAUUAUUAGUAUUAGUUAUGUAAUCCCUUUUAUUUUCAGUGAUUAGCAACUAUAAUUUUUCGUAAUAAAUGAGGCAUUCAAUA